CCAGUUUUCAAUUUUUUGAAUAUCUGAAAUUUUUCACUUUGGUAUGCUCGCGUCCCCUUAGUUGGCGCCCCCACAGGUUAGAAAUGCUGCCAUAAGUCUGAGAAAUUAAAUUCAUUCAAUAUAAAUUAACGCAUUAUUCGGAAAAACACAGGUCCGCGUUUACUAUGAAUCGAAAAUUCCAUAUAUUCAAUAGCUCAUAAAAUAUUGAUGCGAAAUUUCAAAUGAGCUUGUUUGAAAGAGUAUCCAUUGUAGAUUCUGACGAAAAUUUCACUUUUCGAAAAUACGAUCUAUAGGGUGAAAUACAAAAUGUGGAAUAAAGAAUAUAAUUUCUCAGUCCGGACCUGCGCUAUCGACAAUUCAUCAGGUUCAAAUAUUAGGCAUUGGCCUAUACCCAUUCCCUCAAAUUUUCAUGAAGAUCCACGCAGGUGUUCAAAAGUUAUGCCGAUUGAAAGUUUCUGAUAAAAUACAUAAAACAGCUUGUAUCUCUUAAACGAAUAUAUCGCUUCGACAUAUUUCGAACACUAAUUCAGACUCAUCAAAAUGUCCCACAUCUGUCCUGAAAACCUGUAAAAUCAUUCGUGAAACACCCUGUAUAACGGGAAUACCAUUCGGAAUCUAAAAGCUUCCCAUUUCUGACGAUUCCAAGAAUUCUAAUCGUUUCGUCAUCUUAGCUACUUCCUCUAAAUAGUGAAGUCAUUGCGGGAUCGUUAUCUUCGACCAAAAACCGAUUCCGAUAAUCAAAUACGCGAUUUAGUCCAUCAGUAACAGCCAUGAAGAUCGAAUGCUUCGUACUCCUUCAUCUGAUAUUCGCCGCUUCUAGCGAUGUACUCCAGAAGUGCUGUGAACCCAGUGAAGUUAUCGUCGAUAAGAAUUCCACCCUCCAAUGCGACCCCAACGCUGGAAAAAGACUACAAACGAAUUUUGUCCAGAACCAAACCGUUUCAAACAAUACUGAUACUCUUUGUGUAGAUGUUUUCGCAGAAAAUAAGAUGGUCAUGUUCUACGUAGACCAAUACGGCACGAUCGAAAAGAAGAUGGAGCUGGAGGACGAAUACUAUCCCAAGUGUUGCCAGUUGGGGCACAUCUACAACGACAAACUCCACUCCUGUCAACCUGCCAACAUAACGAGUAGCACUGAAACCACCAUUCCUCUAAAUUCCUUCAUUCUCGUCGGGUUACCGCAGUGUGAGGUGAUUGUGGACUUCUUCGUGUCUGAUUUGAAGGAGGUUGCAUGGCCUACGCGAAUACUACAUGUUAAGGGGGAAAGCAGAAGCUUUGACGGAAAAAAAUUCUGUGUGGAUGAUACGGUGUCGGGUUCUAGGUACGUGGUGAGGAUCUGCGAGAGUUUGGAUGUUUGCGACAGGAUCAGGUGCAUUCAUAAGUGUUGUCCAGAUGGACAGAGUUUCGUCAACGGGUCGAAGUGUGUGGAUACCUUUAGGUAUGGCAUCGAUCUCCAUUCUUCCGCGAAUAUCGAGGAACCUGAUGCGCCGUUUGCUCUCAUCCAUGGCAAGCCAAAAUCCAUUUACCGUCUGAAAAAUAUCGACUUCAAAAUCGACAAGUCGGGAACGUUCUCUGUCUAUAGAAAUGCAACUGGAUCUUAUAGCCAUUACAAGUCUUCAGAACAAAUGUAUUGCUUCGAACAUGCUAAGAAGGGGAGGAUUAAUGGCUACAACUUUUUCGCCAAGGUGCCACAACUGAAAUUGAAGAUGAAGUUUGUGAUCACCAGAUGGCUCAAGAUACUUUCGUGCAUCUUUCUUCUUCUCACAAUAGCUGUGUACCUGAUACUACCUAAGAUGCUUAACCUUUUCGGUAAAAUUCUGCUGAGUUAUAGUCUCGCAACGUUUAUGUUCUUCUUCCUUCUGUGUCUCACAGAUUUUUUGAAUGAAAAGUAUGAUGACAGUACCUGCAAAACUAUGGGUUUUCUAUCCAUUUUGGCGAGUUUCUGGAGCUUCACUUGGUUAAAUGUGAUGUGUAUUGAUAUUUGGCUUUCUUUCGGUACACCAAGAACAUUCAGUGGACCUCUACAGAGGAAUGAGUUAAAAAGACUAAUCCAAUAUAGUGUAUACGCAUGGGGAAUCCCUCUCAUUUGGGUAUUCAUUAUAGUUAUAUUCAACUCCACUGCAAUUUUAUCGAAAGCCUUUCAUCCUCAUAUUGGUGAUAAGAAAUGCUACAUGGAAAACACAGGAGACCAUCCUGAAAAUUAUGGUUACUUCACGUUCAUAGUAGUGCCAAUGUUGAUUCAACAAAUAGGGAACAUAAUUCUUUUCGUGAAAACGCUAAUUCAUUGCUUGAGAAUCAAGGGAGAGAUUCAGCGCAUGAAUGCAUCAUCAAAAAAGAACUAUAAAGUCGGUAAAGAGGAGCUACAUUUGGUGAUGAAACUGGCUGUCAUAAUGGGGGUUUCUUUUCUUUUUGAAACGGUUUCUUCAGUGUACAACUUCAACAAGAACUCUGUCACAAGGAACAUUGAAAUAGUAUGGGAUUCAAUCAAUUGCUUACAAGGGUUUUUUAUUUUUGUGGUUUUCAUCUGCAAGAAGAAAAUCUUCUAUAGCCUUGCGGAAAGAUUGAAUAUAAGAACACCAAGUAAAAAUGAUGGUACAUCUAGCAUUGCGACGCAGGAGAGUACACAUGGCAACACAAUCAAACGAGAUACAAUAUCUCUUCGUUAAGCGGCCCACAGACGAGCUACUUAGUUGCCAACUAAGUUGGUAACUUGGAAUACCAACCACCUACUAGCCCACAGACGAGCAACUUAGUCGCCAACUUGGCAACUUGGUUGGCGACUAAGUUACUCGUUUUUUGGCCCCAUUAGAAUAAAACUGAGGACUUUGAUCGAAUAUUACAUAUUGAAAUUAUUAUUAUACAGUAAUUAUUUUAUAUAACAA